CAGAAAAAUACAAUCGAGGUGGGGUGGCAAAAAAAUUCCACGAUGUCUGAUGUCGCUUCGUCUAUAUGAGUUUAUGUAUAACAUUUAUUUAUAAUUGUUUUCGAGACAGGCCCACUCGCGGCGUUUUAAGAUUGUGUAAAGUGACUCCAUUCGACAGGCUGACAAAUCCGGUCAGUAAUAAAUUAGGAGUUUAACCAAAACGCCUAAAACAAUCGGCCAUGAACGCGAAAUGGCUGAUAGUGCUGACAGCCCUAUCGGCACAGACCACAGCGGACGUCAUUACCGACAAGAUUGUAACCGCCAUGGUAAACUUGGUAAACGAAAUCAACCGUAUCUACGGACUUUAUAGCGGUCGACAGGAUUUCAAUUACUGGUUCCAGACCAAACAAUGGAAAUUCGAGGAAGAGGCCCGCGAAGAGUACGACUUCGUAAUAGUGGGUUCCGGAUCAGCGGGUUCCGUCAUAGCCAACCGGCUAUCGGAAGUAUCGUCGUGGAAAAUUCUACUCUUGGAAACCGGCAUUCCCGAGACGAACAUAAUGGGAGUACCCGUCUUCGCAUCGGCGCUACAAUUUACCAACUACAAUUGGAAGCACUACAUGGAAUACCAAGAGGGCAACUUCUACGGCUUUAACGGUGACCGAAUGCACUGGCCUCGCGGCAAAGCUCUGGGAGGUACCUCCGUCAUAAACUACAUGAUAUACACCCGAGGCAAUCGGUGGGAUUAUGACAGAUGGGCGGCCGAUGGUAAUCCAGGAUGGUCCUACGAUGAAGUAUUGCCUUACUUCAUAAAGUCAGAGAAGGCACUGAACCUUGCGGAUGCAGAAGAACAGUACCAUGGCAAGAACGGCUCAUUGAGCGUCGAAAACAUUUAUCAAUCCAAGUUGAUGGGUGCCUUUAUUGAAGCCGGCAAGCAACUAGGUCUCUCCCACAUUGACUACAACGCGCCCACCAACUCCUUCGGUACCAGCAGAAUACAGGCGACCGUCAAGAGAGGAAGGCGGCACAGCGUGGCGAGCGCGUUUCUUUGGCCAGUGAGGAAGCGAAAAAACCUGAAGAUACUCAUAAACGCCUACGUCACGAAAGUACUGAUCGACCCUCAGACCAGGGAGGCUUACGGGGUGAAGUAUGAGCGAUUAGGGAGAAAAUACCAAGUCAGGGCCAAGAAAGAAGUUAUACUUUGCGCCGGGACUUUCAAUUCGCCUCAGCUACUGAUGCUGUCCGGAAUAGGUCCCAAAAACCAUCUGCUGACGCACGGCAUCGAGUGUCUGCAAGAUUUGCCGGUCGGACGGAACCUGCACGACCAUUUGACUUUUCCAGGUAUGUCAUUUUUAAUCGACCAAGAUGUCUCCUUAAAUCCCAUAAGGAUACUGAGCACGACGGGCACGUACCUGUCCAACGGUACAGGGCCGUAUACGAGUUUGGGAGGCGUGGAGGGUAUAGGAUACGUAAAAACCACGUUAGCCGAUUACGCAGAAGACUACCCGGAUAUGGAACUGCUGUUUGUGGGCGGUACGCUAGCCAGUGAUUACGGCUUGACCGUCUACAGGGGUAUGAACAUCAAGGACGAAGUGUUUAACAGCGUCUUCGGAGAUCUUUUAGACAAGAACCAUUGGUCCAUAUUCCCGAUGCUUCUGCACCCCAAAUCUACCGGUCACUUGGAAUUGAGGUCAUCCAACCCGUACGAUUACCCCCGAUUAUAUGGUAAUUUUUUCACGGAUCCCGAGAAUCGGGAUUUGCGAACGUUUCUCGAAGUGAUACGGAUGAUGCAAAACAUUUCCGACAGCGAACCCUUCCGAAAGCUGGGGUCGCGACUGAAUCCCAAACCGAUGUACGGUUGCGACCAUUUGCAAUUUGACAGCGACCAAUACUGGGAAUGUUGCAUCAGGUCGAUCAGUGUUACGCUUCACCACCAAGUGGGUACCGCCAAAAUGGGGCCCAGCACGGACCCCGGAGCAGUAGUCAAUGCGCAAUUGCAAGUGUACGGCGUACCGCGAUUGCGGGUGGCAGACUGCAGCGUUUUCCCUAGAGCUUUAGGCGCUCAUACGAAUGCGCCCUCUAUAAUGCUCGGCGAAAAAGCUUCGGAUAUAAUAAAGGAGUUUUGGGGUACAAACUUGGACAAUACGUGAUGCGAUUUUUCUAGAUAUUUCUAGAUAGAUUAUAGAUUUAUAGAUAAAAAAUAGCAAAUAUGUCACAACUGUUCCUAAUAGCUACCUUUCAAACCCCAAGUGUAAUGCGAACGAAAAACCCUUGAUACACUUUCUAAUACAUAUGACAAUGACAUAUAUAAAAUUGAAUUUGCAGUUUUUCCGCACCAGCCUUCUGAUUUCAAAAAUAUAACCCACAAAAUCAAAUUGGUCCAAUUCCGGCAUAGUUUUUUUUGUAAUAUUUUCUUUGAGCAAAGAUGGCCGAAGAUUUUUCAUUUGCUUAAAAUGCGGAAAUUUUAUAUUCAUUUAAUUGGAUAAAAAUAAUCUAGCGUAACCAUCAGUUGGUUAAAAUAAAAAUUUACUAAUUGUUUGUUCUCAAUGUUAUAAACACUAUAAAUAUUUCAAAAAAAAAUACAACAAAAGCUCAUGGAAGGUUUUGUUUUAACUAGUCCUAAUCUAGACACCAAGGUGCAUGAUGCACAACUUAUUUGGCGUUUUUUCCUGUAAAUUAAAAAAGGAAUUUUUUAAUUAAUUGAAAGCAUUUCAGUAGAUUUUGAUAAAAUAAAAAAAAAUGUUGCCAUCCCAGCAAUGUAUAGACGCCUAUUUGAUGUUUAAAAACACUUUUUUUUGUUUUGAUUAUUGCUUUAAACAAGAGAUGGAGGGAAAUGGUUUUUAAAUUUUUUCCAUAAAUACAAAGCGAGUUAGGAAACAAACUCUGGCGCCCAAAAAUUACGAUUCGAAUCGCUUAAUUUUAUAAAAUACUAUGAUACAAAAACCUAUAGCAUUAAGAGUAAUAAAAAAACAAACCUGACACCCUGGAUCCCGAAACUAACCAAAACUGCAGAAUAGUUUUAUUCGAAUAUUUAUUCGCUAUCCACUUUUCCUAUUCAAUUUAAUUUUGAUAGGGGGAUGAAUAGGGAAAAAAUGUUUCUCGGCAACUACUCCGCUUUG